AUGAAAGUUGCAAUAUCUCACAGAGCUCCACAGGUCUGCUCUCCCUGUAAGCUCCGAAAGAAGCGCUGCGACAAGACCGUACCAAAGUGUGGGUACUGCACCAAAAGAAACCUGCGAUGUCGUUACGGAGAAUUCUCGCAGGCCAAGGACGAGCUGGAGAGAGCUGCUGCCACUGAGAUAAGUGUAAAUGCGGUACUCAUGCAGAUGACCUCACUCUUCGGACCGUCGCAGGACCUGUCAGCAGUACCAGAAAGGAUUUGGUACCAAGUUCACGGCAUAAUAAAGUUCGCAGACCUAUCAUUGCAGGAGAUCGGCCGUCGGUAUUUCAGUAACUUUCACAAAUGGCUUCCCAUAAUGCUACCCCAGCUAUAUUGCCAAGAAACUGCUGGGUAUCUCGGGAUGCCUGGCUCCCCGGCGACGGAUUUCUCCAUUCUUAUGCUAGCUAUGUGCCUUGUAACGCUGCAACCGUCGAACUCUCAAACGAAGAUAACGCCACAGGGCCUAUACGGAACCGUGAAAAUGCUUUUUGCAGAGACACAAGCCAUAAUGUGUGCAUCUGACCGUCUCCUUCAGGCCGGCUUGUUGAUCGCGGCCUAUGAAUAUGCCAACGGCCGACCAGCGGCAGCGCAUAUAACCAUGGGUGCUCUAACAAGGAUCGCGUUUGCGCUUGGACUACAUAAUGUCGACUUAAAAGUGGCAGGCCCAAAGGUCAAUCAGUUUGGAACAGAUAAGCUUGGGCGAUGUAAUCUGUGGUGGGGUGUGGUCAUCCUAGAGAGGCUCAUUAUUUGCGAAAUCAAGGAUAAAGCCCAAAGACCUUGGACCGAGUACCCACCUUCCGGAUUCCCCCUACCAAGCGAUCUUGAUCCGGACGAGAAUAGCCCCGCUCCAUUGGACAGUGUCCGUACAGUCCGGAUUACACGAAUGAGCAACUUUGGGCGCCAGGCACAGGCCGUCUUCCUGCUUGACAAGGUACUGAGUGUGAGACGUCUCCCAUGGAGCGAUGGAUUCAAAGUGGUGGAAUUACGACGACUGGAUGAGAACCUCCAGGGCUUUUUGUCAAUGCUGAUGAGCACCGACAAAGUCAGAAUAGGCCAUGAUUGCAGUCCUAUUGCUUCUGCUGUGAGGGCACUUUCCCUUAUUCACGAAGAAAUUCUAGACCACCCCCCAGACACGGUCGACAUACAGUGGUUGCACUACUCACAAUCGGCGCUGGGUAUGGUGACCAAUGUAGUGGUGGAUGUUGCCCGCCACCACAAGGAACAGAUUGCUUGCCAAAACGCUCAUGUUGAUUUACUUCCCCUAAGCUGCUCAUAUACGCUGCACUUAGCAAUGAAACAUAUCCGGAAUUGCGUGCAAUUAUCCUGCCCGCACAGACGCUCGAGCGACCUGGAUUCCCUCGCCCAGCUGGACCAAAUAUUUUCUGAUCGAUGGAAGCCAAAGGAGUGCUGA